GCCGCGAGCAGGGAAGGCUGGGAACAGAAAAGAGGCAUUUCACGCUCUCGGCUGAGUCACCCAAGUGUAUAAAACCAAGGCCGGGCAGUCGGAGCCGCUCGGAGCGGAGACACGAGGCAGCGGGACUUUGGGACAGAUCUUGGAAAUUGAUUGCAAGUCACUUCGGAGAAGGAUGUUUCCAGGCUUGCUCGUCCUCUCUCUGCUGGUGGGGAGCACAGCGGCUGGCCCGGUGAGCAGAGCAGAGCCUGCAGCAUCCAGGGAUGUCACCACCUUUUUCCAGCUGGCUCAGGAAGACCCCUGGGAGAACGUUAAUCUCACCAGCAUGUCCUGUGAGGAUCGGAAGAACAGGACCUGGAUCACCCUGCAGCUGACCAACAGCAGCCUGACAGCUUUCCCUGUCUGCCUUCCGGAGGCCCUGGAGACCUUGGAUCUCAGCAACAACCUCUUGGAAGAGGUGAACGGCUCGGACAUCGCGAACCUGCCGCGGCUGCGCGUCCUCUCGCUGAGGCACAACCACCUCUGGGCAGUCUCGUGGGGACCUGAAGCCCUCAGCAGCCUCCUCAAGCUGGACUUGAGCUUUAACAAGCUGUCGUCUGUGCCAUCCUGCCACAACUCUGCCCUGCCCAACCUGAGGUGGUUGUCCUUGGCUGGAAAUCCACUGCUGGAAAUCCAGCCGCUGGCUUUUUCCUGCUCCCCUCAGCUGCAGAUGUUGAAUCUCUCUGCAACCCUGCUGGGGCAGGAGGACAGCAGAGGAAUUAGGGAAUCUGCUUUUGCCAUCAGCACAGCUCCCAGGGAGGCCACGGACAGGCCUGGAAACUCCAUCCAUGUGCUUGAUCUGAGCGGGACUUUCCUUGAGAAAAUUCAACCAGAGUGGACCAGAGACUUGCCCAACCUCAGAUCCCUUCACCUGACAAAGAUGCCACGAUUAAGAAGCCUCGAGACUGACUUUGUGAAGUCCAUGCCUGGUCUCCAAGAGCUGCACUGCCAGGACUCCCCUUCCCUGGGUUUUGUGAGGACAGAGAUGUUUGACAGUGCUCCUCAUCUGAGCCAUCUCUCCUUUGAGAACUGUAACCUCAGCUCCUUUAAUCCUUGGGACACCAACUCCUCGGAUGGCAUCACCAUCAACCUCUCUGGAAACCCUCUGUUCUGUGACUGCCAGCUCUCCUGGCUGCUCUCCAAGCCCAAGAGAGUUGUGCUGCAAAAGGCUGGGGAGACUUUCUGCACAUCCCAGGAAGAUGGGGGCAGACCUUCAACACCUGUUUCACUGCAAGAGCUCUACAGUAAAUGCCAGUCUGGGAGCAGCAAUGUCACACUGCCCCAUUCAGACACACCCUCUCCUGAUCAUGAUGCUCUCAGCUUUACCAGUUACGAUGCCACUGCUGCGGUAACAACAGACUGGGCUCUGCUCUCCAGAGACACUUCUACCAGCUCCCUGCUCCUGGGGGAUUUAAUGAGCGCCACAGCCAGCCCAAUGCUCACCAAAGACACUUCUACCAGCUCCCUGCUCCUGGGGGAUUUAAUGAGCGCCACAGCCAGCCCAAUGCUCACCAAAGACACUUACACCAGCUCCCUGAUCCAGAGGGAUGCAAUGAGCACAACAGCCAGUCCAACGCUGACCAAAGACACUUAUACCAGCUCCCUGAUCCAGAGGGAUGCAAUGAGCACAACAGCCAGUCCAAUGCUGACCAAAGACACUUAUACCAGCUCCCUGAUCCAGAGGGAUGCAAUGAGCACAACAGCCAGUCCAAUGCUGACCAGAGACACUUACACCAGCUCCCUGAUCCAGAGGGAUGCAAUGAGCACAACAGCUAGUCCAGUGCUGACCAGAGACACUUAUACCAGCUCUCUGAUCCAGAGGGAUGCAAUGAGCACAGCUCUGCGCCCAACGGAGCCAGAGCCGAUGCUCACAAAGGCCAACAGUUCCUCCCACCAGGAGGAGGCAGUUCCUGAAUCCACAAGCAAUCCCCCUUCCUUCGCGUCCGUAACCUCCUUCCCGGUUUUCCUCAAAGAGCUCUUUGCUCAGUUUGGCUCCACGAGUCAAACAGGAACAGAGCAGCCCAAGGGAGAGCUCAGAAGAACCGACAUAACGUCUCCCCAGGAAGGUCCGUCCAGCCAGACCACCAGUCGUUAUUCUGCUGGAGGAACAGGAACCCCCAACACCACUGACCAUUCUGUUCACUCGUUUGCCAGCCCUGGUGGGGAGGGCACCCCACAGGGUACCCCACAGCCGAGCCCCCCACAGCUGAACUCAAAGCCCGCUCCCACCAGACCACCGGCACACUAUGUCGACUACUACGACUACGAUGAACAGCCGAAGGAAACCCCAGUGCAAGUGGGACACAUCUCCUGUGACUACAACCCCUGCAGGCACCUCCAGAAGCCGUGCAGUGAACUCCAGAGUGUGUCCCAGUGUUUAUGCCCGGGCAUGUCGAUGGAGGAUGAGGUUCCAGACCCGCCGAGGCUCAGCGAGGUGACCGAAGUUACAGACAGCUCUGCCCUGAUUCACUGGUGCGCCCCAAACUCGGUUGUUCACACCUAUGAGCUGCUGCUUCUUGCCCCAGGCAACGAGGACAGGCAGUUUGUCAUGGAUAAUAUUUAUCCCACAGCCAGGCAGUACACUCUGUAUAAUCUGUCACCAUACACCACUUACAACAUUUGCGUGACAGCUUCGAACAAAGCCGGGUCAAGCCAGAUAACAGGCCAGGAAAUUCCAGGUAAUUCGUGCACCAGAUUUAAAACAAAACCCAGCUACAAGUCUGUCUUUGUUGCUCUGUCUGCAGCAAGUGGAUUCUUUCUCAUUACCACGAUUGUUUUGUCUGCAUGUCUGUGUAAGGCAUGUAAGAAGCCUCACAGUGAGCAGUAUGGUACACACUUGGUCUCCUACAAGAACCCAGCCUUCGAUUAUCCACUAAAAAUACAAACCAGUAAUUAGCUCUGGGUUACUGUUUUGCACAUUCAGAGCUCACUGUUUCCAUCACCUUGGUAUGUUUUUGGGAGACUCUCAAAGCAUCUUUCAGCAAAACUAUGAACAACCAGAUUUCAUAACCCUCCUGUUUCUGAGGGAGAGCAAACCACCAGAAAGAAAAACUAAUAAUGAAGGUAUGGACCAGAUAAAAGCCUCUGGACUGUGGUUCAUGUGUUAAGCAGCAGCAAAGCUGGACACUAACCUUGAAAAGCUGUUUUUAUAAUCACCUACAAAUAGAGUAGCAUGAAUUUCACACAGUGAGAGGCUCCCUGGCCAGCUGUCUGCCUCCAGUAUCUCAUGGACACAAUCAGCUGAGAGCCAUGAUCCAAGGUGCAUCUAGCUGAGCAUGACACACUCUGCUUUUAUUCACAGAGGGAAGUUGGGGGUUCAGUUUUUUAAAGGCAUUAUCCAAAAAGGGAGUGUUACUGGAAGGAGUGAGUGGGCUCGGUGACAAGGUGCUGUGCAGCUCUAACUCCAUUAAGCAACUCCAGAGGCUGCAGCUGCUCAGCCUCACUUCAGUUCAGGAAAAAGAAACAAAGAUUAAAUGUAAAAAGGACUGUGCAGGAUCCUUCGGGCAGGGAUCAUUGUUUUGUCUUGUCUUUGUGUGAUGUUGGAGUCUCCCAAGUGCUUCCACAAGCAGUUCCCAGGCAGUGGGGGUUUGCAGUAUAGCACUGACCCAAGAAGUGGUAAGGGGAGCAUGGUAACAUUUGCUUCCCAAUGGAUUUUAAGUAGAGAUGGUUGUUCCAUCCCAGUAAUCCAUCCCAUCCCCAGAUUUAGCAGCUGAUUUACCUCAUAGAGGCAAAAAGAUGAGUAAUGAAACAAUUUAAUGUGUGUGUUGCUGAGACUUGAAAAACCGAAAUCCCAUCCCCUGGCAGCAGAGAGUUCUGCAGACAUCUCCCAGAUUAAUUUUUGGGUGCUACUUUCUGCUACAACGACAGUAAGAGAUGCUGACAAUCCCAGCUUUGAGCUUGCCGUUAAAAUUCAGAGAGAUGUUUGUGGAAGGGGAGGCAUUUGUCCCGGUCAGAUACUUCCCCAGAAGUUUAUGUUCCAGCAACUGCUGUUCCUGCUGCUGUACAGACACUGUGUAAAGUCCCCCCAGACCUCCGAGGGAAAGGUGCUGUGCAGUGCAAGAGACUCUCUGUUCUGUUCUUUUUUAAUGCUUUCAGUAUUAACAGAAAUAAAAGCUACAGAGCUGAGUUCUGGUUCUUUGUUAAAGA